CAACGAUCCGAGAGUUGCUCGCGAACUCCACGCCGGCGAUCAUCGAGAGAGGCGAGCGACGCUCUACAUGUGACACUGUCUGUCUGCGUUUGUUUGCUUAUCUGCCAUUUUGUCAGAAUUAUUUAUUUUACUUAAAAAAGAACCUGUACCCCGCUCGAGGCGCUUCACUUUCUCGGACACGUGCAUCGUAACUGUAUAUAAAACGCGCGAGUCAAUCGUGGAGUCGGCAACAUGCGUAACCUGUUGUUGAUAGCCUUGCUUGGAUUGGCCCACGGCCAAUUUUCCCCGGAGCCGGAGAAGGUCUUGAGUUACUCGCAAGAUCUUGGCGAUACCCGCGGACAUUAUUCCUUCGCUUAUGAAACGGCGGGCGGAAUCAUCCAGCAAGAGACCGGCAGUCGCAAGUACGCCGGCACCGAAGACGAGACGCAGCUCAUCCAGGGCUCCGUUCAGUACAACGCCCCGGACGGAACCCCUAUCUCCAUAAGCUGGACCGCCGAUGAAUUCGGCGCCCAGGUGGCUGGUUCCCAUCUCCCCACCCCGCCGCCCGUCCCACCGGAAAUACAACGUGCCCUGGACUGGCUUGCUAAACAACCUACGACCCCGGAACCGAUCGAGAAGGACAGGCCGACGCAGAAUGCUGUGCCUCGUGACAAUCGCCCGCAGAGACUCUUCUCGAAUAAACGAAAUUAAAUGCGCGCCCUUAAAUUAAAUCCAUCCACAACAUCCCAUAUAUUUACCGCAUCGUGUGAUGUGACAUCCAAUAAACUCGUAUUUUUGUAGAUA